CAUCCACACAUCAAAAUUAUCAAAUUUGCCUCGGCGCUUUGCUUGCUCGUGCUGGCUGGACCUGGAUCCAUCAUUCUCUGCUGGUCCCGUAGGAUAUCAUGCUCAUGCAUGCAUGCGGGAUCCGGCGAGCCGGACACGGUGUGGCCGCGCACUUCUGGCAGCACAGCGCACGUAGAGCGUCGUUCAUCGGCACAUCAACUUUUCAUGGCUCUGUUGUCUCCGGAAUCUGCCAUGGCACACUAUCACAGAAGAUCAACAUUCUCUCAUUGCCCGAUCCAGCAUGCCAGCAAAAGAGCAAAGCGUCAUCCUAGGUACAGCCAUUAGCCAGACAUCACUCCGUGCUUCCAGUUCCGCUACCCCAUCCCAUUCCCACCCCGCGCGUACAAGCACCUUCCAACGGAGAUCGAUGGCCGCUGUUAAGCCCGCCUGCUCCGUUCCCGCCAAUUCCGCCGACGCAGCCAAAACGGCGGCGGCGCCAGAGCCCGAGCAGCAGCUCCUGGAGGUGGCGGAGGAGGAGGUGGUCAUCGACUUCAAGCCCAGCUCCAAGUGCCGCGUGGACCUCCGCCUCCGCUCGCUGCACCCGACGCUCCCCGUCGCCUUCAAGGUCCAGACCUCCUCCCCGCUCAAGUUCCUCGUCAGCCCGCCGCGCGGCGCCCUGCAGCCGCUCUCCACGGCCACCAUCCGCGUCGUGCUCCGCCCGCAGCCGCACGCGCCGCCGUCCUUCCCGCGCUCCCGCGCCGACCGCUUCCUCGUCCUCUCCUCCCUCUCCGCCGCGCAACUCGACUCGGCGGCCUCCGUGCCCGGCGGCGCCGGCGUCGGCAUCGGCGCUAUCCGCCUUCGCGUGUUCUUCGGCGGGCCCUACCUCCUCCGCCUCGCCGCGGACGCCGGGGACUCCGCGGCCGUGCGCCUCAUCCUGCGCCGGCAGCCGCACCUCCUGCCGGUCCUCAACCCCGAGGCGGCCGUGCCGGACGCCGAGCCGUGGGCGCCGCUGCACGCGGCUGCCGCGCGGGGCGACUGCGCAGAGGUGAGGAGGCUGGGGCAGGAGGCGCUCGCGGCGCGCGACAAGGACGGCAGGACGGCUCUGCACGUCGCGGCCGCGGCCGGCGAAGCAGAGGCGGUGGCAGAGCUGGUGGACAUGGGAGCCGACUCCGCCGCGGCCGACGCUCGCGGGAGGACUCCGCUGGACGUGGCGCGAGAGAAGGGCUACAAGGAAGUGGUGGACGUGCUGCAGCGGUGGGAGCAGGUGAUGACGGCGGCGAGGCGGGGCGACCUCCGGAGCCUCGAGUUCCUCCUCAGCAAGCGCACGGGCCUCCGCGGCCGCGACCAGUACGGGCUGACGGCGCUCCACGUGGCCGCCAUCAAGGGCCACUGCGACGCCAUCGCCCUGCUGGCGGGGUCGGGGUGCAUGGGCGUGGAGUGCGAGGACGUGGAAGGGCACCGGCCGCUGCACCUCGCCGUCGAGGGCGGCUGCGCCGACGCCGUCGACCUGCUGCUCGACAUGGGCGCCGACGUCCACGCCAGGACCAAGCGGGGCGCCACGCCGCUCCAGAUGGCCGACACCAUGGGCUACGACGACAUCUCGCAGCUGCUGCGCGGCCGGGGCGCCGACGAGGCGGCGGCGGCAGCAGGUGCUGACGCGCAGCUGUGCAUCGCGUCGUCGUCUUCCUCGUCGAUAUCCUGUGCAUAAGGCCUUCGUUUGCGUCUCCGAUUCAGAGUUGAUUGCAAAGACCAUGUUAAUACUGCACUGUAUAGGUGACAGAAGUGAUUACUGUAUUUUUUUUCUGUGGCUGUUGAUAUAUGGACUUAACAAUAAGAUGGGACUUUGCGUUCCCCUGAGCAGUUCUAAAUUAUUUGCAUGUGCACAAAAUAUAUUUUUUCUGAAA